AUCCUUUCGGAUGCUCCUAUCUGUGUUUCAUCUGAACUAAUUCCAACCAAUACACUUUACGUACCCACCUUCAAGAAAAAAGAAAAAAAGCCUGAUCUGUCGUAAUAGACUCUAUACGAUUCUUUUAACAAGCACUCAGAAUGGCUACACCGCAAAUACCAUUCAUUAGUGCACCGUUCAAAAAAACGGAUGAUGUUGACUGGGUUCAUCCCCUAAAAAAGUACAUUGCUCGCGUUUAUCAAGAUGAUCCCGAGAAAUACAAAGAAGAAACACAGGCUUUCAAUAGAUUACGUCAAGAUAUUCGAGGUGCUGGAAAAGACAUGACAGGACGAGAUCUACUUUACCGUUACUUUGGGCAAUUGGAAUUACUCGAUUUACGUUUCCCUGUGGACGAAAAACAUGUGAAAGUUAUAUUCACUUGGUAUGACGCUUUCAAUAAUCGCGCUAUAUCACAGCAUUCCUUAGCAUUUGAAAAGGCCAGUGUGAUUUUUAAUGAGGCAGCGACCUUAUCAGCUAUUGCCAGCUCUCAAAACCGAGCUGAAACAGAAGGACGUAAAAAAGCCUUCCAUUAUUUUCAAGCUUCAUCCGGCAUGUUCCAAUACAUCAAUGACAAUUUUCUCCACGCUCCUUCUGAAGACCUUAGUCGAGAAACGGUCAACUUGUUGAGCGAAAUUAUGUUGGCACAAGCGCAAGAAUGCUUUUUAGAAAGCAGCAUUCGAGGAAAGUCAAAAGACGGCUUGAUUGCAAAGCUGGCCAGCCAUGUAGCAUGGGUCUAUGGUAAUUUGAACGACGGUAUCAAUGAUGCUAUACAAAACCGCAAUGUGCAUAUUGACAAGUCCUGGUCAUUACUUUGUCAACUGAAGCAAAAGUAUUAUUCAGCCACGGCUCAGGAGCAUAAAGCAGCCGCAUGUGAAGCAGAAGGCAAAUAUGGCGAAUGUGCAGGCCGUUAUGCAGCCGCAGAAAAUGCAGCCAAAGAAGCAGUCAAGUUGGCAAAUACAUUCGCAUCCGCUCUGCUAAUAUCGAAUCAUGCGAAUGGAACGAUCCCCUCGGAAGCGGGAGCAGCGGUACAAGAACUGUGCAAGACAAAGAGUGCACACUGCACAGAGAAGCUGACUACCGCCAACAAGGACAAUGAUAUGAUUUAUCAUGAAACAGUGCCUCAGGAGUCCAUUUUGACGCCCAUUGAUCGCUUGAAGGCUGUCAAAUCUAUUCCUAUUGUCGAAUUGUACGGUCCUGACGAAAUGAAGCGGGUCAUAGGAGCUGACUUAUUCUCCAAGCUGAUCCCUCUCAGUGUUCAUGAGAGUGCCUCCCUUUAUUCGGAAGAAAUAGCUAAACUAUUGCGUGCUGAAAGUGAGAGAUGCGAUAUCGCUAAAGCAGAAUUGAACGCUUCUCUGGAUUACAUGAAACUGCCUGGUUCACUGGCUAAAUUCAAAAAUCAACAGGAAACUUCCACUUCUUUGGAUGCCUUUGCUGAACCACCCUCCAAUGUGAAAGAUUGGGCAGAUCAGAUAGCGGUUGAAGAACGUACUGCAUCCAUCAACGAUUUGAUCAACUCGAUCACCCUUUUAAAAAAGCAGGCCAAGCAAUCAUUGGAUGAAGCCAGUAUCAAUUUGGAUAAAGAAAUGAGAGAUUGUGAACAAAACCGAGUACAGUAUGGUGAUCAAUGGACACAGCCGCCUUCAGGUUCUCUUACAAGUCAGUUCAGACAGGAUAUCUCGAACCAUCGCCGUACUUUAGACAGUGCAGCCCAAUCAGACAAUCAGCUGAUUGCCAAAUAUGAAUCUGCUAGGCGUAAUUUGGAUAUUUUGCGGGAAGGAGGCCAAAGUUUAACUCUGGAAAAGACGUAUACUCAAACGCUUACGUCUCUUAUAUCGAAUAAUGAACAUUCAUCAAAGCAGCCAACCGAAGCCAGUCUGUUGGAUCUCGACUUUGAAUCAGAAGCAGAAAAGAAACAAAGUAGUAAGGAGAAUAUCAACGAAAAGGUGCAACGUGUAGAGACUACCAUAGAUAAAUUGCGUAGAAUUGAAAAGGAUCGUGACGAUACCUUCCAUGAUUUGAAAGAAAAGACAAUGCAAGAUGAUAUUUCACAACUGUUGAUUCUAAACAAAAAAGCAAAUGUUGAGCAACAAAUUUUUGCUUCUGAAUUGGAGAAAUACCGAGCUCAUCAACAGCGUAUUUCAGCCACUAUUCAGCAUCAACAACAGGCCAUUCAAGAAUUGACAAUCGCUUUUAAAGAAUUGAUGGAAGGUGAUGAAGCCAAGACGUUACAGUUGCAAUACGAUAAAGCGGAAAGAUUACGUCGUAACUUGACAGAUGAAUUGAACGAAGCAAGGGCGAUUUACUAUGAGGUGAAAGACGGUCUUAAUCGUGGUGUACAGUUUUACUCCAAUAUUCGAACUACCAUUGACUCCCUUCAGGCUAAUAUAAGUCGCUUUGUUUCUGAGCGAACUAACGAAAGAAAUCGCUUGAUAGAAGAAAUGGAACGGAAUAAAAGCUCCCAAGAACAAGAGAUGCUUCGUGAAACUCUGAACAAGUAUACAAGUGCUGCUAGUGCUCCUCCUCCACCCGCAGUGUCUGCUGCUGCACCUCCAGCAGCCUCUUAUACACAGGUAUCUCCAUCACAUGCUGCUCCUACUGCUCCUGCUGCUGGUCCUCCUCCUCCUCCUCCUCCUUUGCAAUCAACGCUAUCUGGAUCAUCAAUAAACUCCAGUAUGGCACAUUUGACAUACCAAGCACGUCAAUUAUCCAUCAGCGAGCCUACGGUGCCGUCCUCUUAUGGCGGCUACACACCCACUCCGCCACCCAAACCGCAAGGUAUAUUUCAAACCCCAGCACCUCAUCAGCAGCAACCGGCGCCACAACCACCUAUGAAUUCAUCCCCGUCAGCCGUUGGUUAUGGUAUGUAUAGUCAGCCUGCCUAUGCUCCACCUCCGUCUGCUUAUGGACAAACAUCAUUACCUGUUCAUCAGUCACCUAUGCAAACUCCUGUGACCUAUAAUACCAAUCCACAGCCCUCACCCUAUUCCUCUCAACCUCAACCUCCUAUGCAAAAUUAUUAUGGAGUACAGCGGUCACAGCCAACAAUGCCUCCACCAGGCCAACAGCCUGGGCAAUAUCCCUUGCCCUCGCCACAAGUACCGCCACAACAGCAGCAGCACCUAUCUUUUGGCUACUCUGGUCCUCCUCCUCCGACAAGCCACUCUCAUGGGGGACCACCACAGCAACCUCAAUAUCCUCAGUAUCAACAGAAUAAUCCGGCAGCCCCUUCUUGGCAACAGCAUCAACAACCACCUCAAUUACAACCUCAGCCACAAUAUCAACCAUCGCAGCCACAAUGGCAGCAACAACCUUACCCAAUGCAACCAAUGCCACCAAUGCAACCGCAGCAGCAGCAACAACAACAGCAGCAAAGGCCGCCUACGAGUAAUCUAUUAGAUUAAGAAAGUCAAAAAGGCCGUCCUCUAAUACAGUAAAUUCAUGAUAAUAAAGAUAU